CAAUGUUUACACCGUUCUGCGCAUAUAUUCAUUGUAGUGUUUUUAUGUUCCUGACUAAAACAAAAGAGAUACUUUUAUGUAAAAUAACUUAUGAUAACAGUUGUGUAAGUUUAAAUUUCUGAAAUUAGUGAAAAGUGUUUGAUAAGUAAAUUCAAGUCGAUCAUUCAAGGACCAAACUGUCAAAAAUUUCCUGAAGAUGGGGAAGUCAAAACGGAAGAAAAAUAAGCCGAUAUUGUUAGAAUCACCAAAGAAGGAAUCUGAAGAGAAUUCUGAUCUCAGUUUACCGGAAAAAUGUAUUCAUAUGAAUAUUAAAUCUGGUACCAAAAUGAGAAAUGUUUUGGAGUUUGCAUUGAAAGAAUUUCCAAAUAAUGAUGGAAUUCUCUGGACCGCUGCAGGUGAAGGAGUUGGAAAAGCAAUAUCUUGUGCAGAAAUUUUUAAAAGAAAACAUCCAGGUUUACAUCAAGUUACAAAAUUUGGAUCUAUAGAAUCACAAAAAUCCUUAGAAGAAAAAGAUAAGGAUGGAAAUGUGAAAGUUCGAUACGUAGCUCAAAUUAAUAUCUUGUUAACUAAGGGACCAAUUAAUAACACUAUUACUAGUCAGGAUGAUACGAAAUUAAUUUGGAAUUCAAAGACUAAGAAAAAGGAGGAAUUAACAAAAACAGAGAAUAAACGUGAAAGAAGUGACAGUGGAAAGUCCAUGAGCUUGGCAGCUGAAGAAUGUGAAGAAAUGGAGUUCAAAUUUAGACAAAAGAGGUCGAGAAAAGAGCAGUACACGGAAGCGAUAUUAAAGAAAAAUAAAAGGGAAGAAAGCUGAUAAUCGAUAGUGACAGACCUCGAUAAUACGCGACCAGUUGAACAAUAGGCACUCUUGAUCAAUAAUUUCAUUUAUUAAAAGCAAAAAACAAAUCCACAGUGCUUCCAUUUAAUUUAAUAAGUUUUCGAAUUCUUUUUUAUUUUUUUUGUUCGCAUUGUAAUCCGUUAUAUAUGAAAAAUUUAUUUUCUCUUUAUAUAGAUGAUUGUUUCUGUUAAAAUUGGCUAAUUUUUGUUUUACUGUUUGUGUGAAUUAUAUUUUGAGAAUCUU